CCACUGUGCGUCGAGACGCCAAACAUGCGCCACGCCGCCACGGUGUUUUAGUGUCAUUUUUGCCAAAAGGGCAUUCGCGCGUCAGUUUGUCCGUAGACUCCUCCAAAGACGCCUUCUGUAGAUCCGCCUAAGCAUACUCUACAUCCGACGUGUUUACGUGGAUUGUGUUGCGCUUGUCUUAAGGCCAACUUAGUGCCUACUUGUGACUAACUGCUACCUGAUUGUUAAUGGGGAAGACAAUCAGUCGGCUGCAAUUAGGACAGCAGGAAACGUAAAGAAUAAUGUAACAAUAUCACACCAGAAUCUACAUUUGACCGUUAAGGGCAGGAUACUAUGCACGGGUCUGACAAUGGCAAAGAAAGUGGACUGGACAAUCCGGCUGCAAUCACCUGCCGAACAGUACCAGUAUCUACUGCAAGCAGCACCGUCGGUGUAACGUUGAUCGGUAGCAAAGAGUGUGCCUCAUGUGGAAAACGCAUCACCGAACGUUUCCUCCUCAAAGCAAUCGACCUCUUUUGGCAUGAGGACUGUCUCAAGUGUGGAUGUUGCGACUGUCGACUAGGCGAAGUUGGCUCCACAUUGUAUACGAAAGCCAAUCUUUUGCUGUGUAAACGAGACUAUUUACGGUUGUUUGGUACGACAGGAUACUGUGCAGCCUGUAAUAAAGUGAUUCCUGCUUUUGAAAUGGUUAUGAGAGCGAAAAACAACGUCUAUCAUUUGGAGUGUUUCGCAUGCCAACAGUGUAAUCAUAGGUUCUGCGUAGGUGAUCGCUUCUACUUGUGCGAAAAUAAAAUCCUUUGUGAGUACGAUUACGAAGAGCGGCUGGUGUUUGCGAACAUGGCUUACAAUCCUAGUAGUUUAGCUCACAUAAGAAGGCAAGUCAGUAAUUUACAGCCCCCGGCAGAUUCCCCCAUGAUCUUGAGGCCUCCGACCAAAGGCCGCCCGCCACCUCAUUGCCUCACUCAGCUAAGCGUUCCCUCCUGUUACAGCGAGAAGAGUAUGGAAGAGCGACUGCGGCCGCCCAUUAGUGGAUGUGUCAGAGACGAUGGAAGCAGCGGUUACGGCAGUCCGGACUCAGAAAUCUUCGAGGCGACUCAGCACUGAGCUCUCAAGCUCACGUUCCACAUGGUGCUCAAAGUGACAUGUACUAUAAGGGUAGUGCAAUCGAGGCUUAAAUGGACAAUCGUUUCGAACAUUGUCAUCAAUGUACUUUUCACCUUAAACGGAAGACUGCUAAUGGGUUUAAGUUGGGGAUGUUUAACAGUUUACAAUCGCCAACAAGUGUUUAUCAGGUUGACGACGUGUUUUCUGAUUUUAUGUGAAAUGUUAAAUUAAGGAUCCUCUGGAAUGUUGCGUUAUUGGAAAUAGAGGAUUACUGGGGAUGUUUCCUGGAAAUAUUUAAUAAAGAAUUGGGGUUGUACUGGUGAAAAAUGCUUUUUUCAGAGAAAUCAAUUUUGCUGUUUUUUUUCUUGCAGAAGUUAAGUAGAUAUUAUCAAUCAACCACAAGGACGUUUAAAAAUAAUCGAUUUGCUUGCUUCUGAGCUGUUGGCAUCAACUUGAAUCUCUAGGGUGUACCAAUCUUGUCUCAGAAAAUUUUGAAAAACUCAGAAAUGUUUUGUGACUUAAAAUAACUACUAGUCAAAUAGUUUUUUGUUUUGUUAAUAACUAAGCGGUAAAAUCAAUGUAUUUCCACAAGGAUUUAGUACAGUUUCGCUUCUCCUUCAAGGAUGUAAAAUAUCCUCAUACUCUGUAUACAUUUAAAAAGCUAUUCGCAAGUUGGGGCACCCUGUACUCGUCUGGUAAUGUAAAUAACGCCUGAUGUAUAAUAUAAUGUUUAGAUUCAAGCUCUGUACCUACUCAAGGGUAAUCGUACGUUUCAAUGCUGUUGUAAAUAAUCGAAUUAUUUAUUAUAAAUAAAUGUUUUAUUUAAA